AUGGCGGCAGCGUUACGAGUCGCGGUGCACUCGGGCAGCGGGAGAACCCUCCUGCGCACCCCGAAAACCAUCACCACACCGAAGGCCAACAUGUCGUUCGCCAGCCUGCCUCGUGGGCAGAAGACGGCACUGACGGCGCUGGGCGUGGCAGGCGCCGGAGUGGCCGGCCUGGCACUGGCGCUGCACCACUCGGUUAAAGCCUCGGAACUGGAGCUCCAUCCGCCCAACUACCCCUGGAGCCAUGCCGGGCCGCUAUCCUCCCUGGAUCACGCCAGCAUUCGUCGUGGCUACCAGGUGUACAAGCAGGUGUGCUCAGCUUGCCACAGCAUGGAGUACCUGGCCUUCCGCAACCUGGUGGGAGUCUCGCACACCGAGGAGGAAGUCAAGGCCAUCGCCGAGGAGGUGGAAGUGGUGGAUGGUCCCGACGAGACAGGCGAGAUGUUCACCCGGCCCGGCAAGCUCUCGGACUACUUCCCCAAGCCGUACCCCAACCCCGAGGCGGCCCGCGUGGCUAACAACGGCGCCCUGCCGCCUGACCUCAGCUACAUCAUCAACGCCAGGCACGGAGGCGAGGACUAUGUGUUCAGUCUGCUGACGGGCUAUUGCGAGCCCCCUGCCGGCGUGGCCGUGAGGGAGGGACUCUACUACAACCCUUACUUCCCCGGACAGGCCAUUGGCAUGGCUCCGCCCAUCUACAACGAGAUUUUGGAGUACGAUGACGGAACCCCCGCCACCAUGAGCCAAGUGGCCAAGGACGUGUGCACCUUCUUGAGGUGGGCGUCAGAACCCGAGCACGACCAGCGCAAGCGCAUGGGCCUCAAGCUUCUGAUGGGCGGAGCCAUUUUGUUGCCGCUUCUCUACUACAUGAAACGACACAGGUGGGCGGUACUCAAGAGCAGGAAGAUCGCCUACAGGCCGCCCAAAUAA